AAGUGAUAAAGAAACUGAUCAAGAUUUUUUAAGACUUUGUUUUGAUUUGCUCGUGUUGGUAGCAUUGAUCGCGCGAUCUGACGUCAUUGUACUGUCAUUGAUCUAUUUGUGAUAUAUUAUAUGCGAUAUUUUUAUUUAUUUGCCAAGGUUUUUUGCGAUACUAAUACGUUUUGCUACUGUUGAUACGAAGUUAAGACCUUCCUAGUGUUACGUGUGUAAUUAAAUUUUUUAUUAAAACAUUAUACACGAAGUUAUCCACGAGAUAAGUCGUGUACAUGACUAUUAUUGUGUGUGUCUUAUAUUUGUUGAAAGUAUUACUGUAGAAACACUUUGAACAAAUUGCCUUAAGUGCUAUUAAUUAGUGAAUUGUUUUCUUAAAACGUUUGAUACGAAUAAGUGGCAAAAUGUCUUCGCUUGGAGGACAGUGGCGUAUUAUUCGCCACUACCUUUCUAUGAGUAACUUGAAUUCUGAAGUCGAAAAAUUAGUUCAGAAAAUUAAACCAGCUACUCCUGAGCAAUGGGAAAGUUUGAUUAAAAAAUUUGAAAGGGCAGUAUCGGCACGACUAAGUCAAACUGUGGAUGCUAAAAGCUUAGAAGAAAAACCAAAUAAUAAAGUAAAUGCAACAACAAUUGAGGAAACCGAUUCUAAAGUACAAAAAAUAAAAGAAAAAAAUGACAAAGACGAGAAAAUAAGUCAAGAAGGUCUAACACUGGGUUCUGAGGCUAAAGAAAUCACAUUCGAAGGACUCUGGCAAGGUCUGAAAUUAAAAAAGGAUCUUCACUUUGGAAAGAUUUCUGAACCUAGCUGGAAGACAAAUAAACCUAUUAUAACUAAGACUUCAAUCCAUUCCCGAACAGCCUAUGUGAUAUCAGCGAUAGUAACGGCAGAAUCAACGGAAUGCCUUCUCAAAAGGACUGAGCACUUCAUAGAACAUCUCCAACAGUACCCUGAGUCUAGAGACUAUGCUAUUAAGGAGGGAGCAGUCCGAGCAUUGUUGAGGGUACAACAUAAGUUGAAGAAAAAUGAUGAUUUACCCAUCACUAAGGAAGUCAAUGGUCUUGUCAAUGAGGCCUUGGCACUUAUGGGUUACACGGGUCCGACAAAAAGUCGUGGUCCAAAUAUUUUGUCUAUAGAUGGCGGUGGCAUUAGGGGUAUCAUUGCAAUUGAGAUUUUAAGACACUUGGAGAGACUGACUGGGAGAAAAGUGGAGGAAAUGUUUGAUUACAUUAUUGGCGUCAGUACUGGUGCUAUAAUUGCCGCUGUUAUGGCUAGUGGAGCUGGUAACUUGGAAACAGCCACUCAAAUGUACCAUACUUUAUCAAAGCAAAUGUUUGGAAACACCUCUCUUAUCGGCGGUACUUCUAGGCUAGUAUGGAGUCACUCAUAUUACGACACCGAUGCUUGGGAGGAAUUGCUUCAAGAAAAUCUCAAGGACUGUACACUUACUGAGUGUAACAGACAUAACACGCCUAAGAUGGCGCUAGUGUCGUGCGUGGUGAACUCAGGUUCGCGACUAGCGCCCUUCCUGUUCCGCACGUACGAGUGCGGGUUCCGAGUGCGGAGCGUGUUCCCGGGCAGCUCGCGCGCGCGCCUGUGGCAAGCCGUGCGCGCCUCCGCCGCCGCGCCCACCUACUUCACGGAGUUCCGCCUGCACGGCCUGCUGCACCAGGUACUGUCCUGUACUGCUGUACUGCUGCACUGCUGCACACGUGUUCCCGGGCAGCUCGCGCGCGCGCCUGUGGCAAGCCGUGCGCGCCUCCGCCGCCGCGCCCACCUACUUCACGGAGUUCCGCCUGCACGGCCUGCUGCACCAGGUACUGUCCUGUACUGCUGUACUGCUGCACUGCUGCACACGUGUUCCCGGGCAGCUCGCGCGCGCGCCUGUGGCAAGCCGUGCGCGCCUCCGCCGCCGCGCCCACCUACUUCACGGAGUUCCGCCUGCACGGCCUGCUGCACCAGGUACUGUCCUGUACUGCUGUACUGCUGCACUGCUGCACACGUGUUCCCGGGCAGCUCGCGCGCGCGCCUGUGGCAAGCCGUGCGCGCCUCCGCCGCCGCGCCCACCUACUUCACGGAGUUCCGCCUGCACGGCCUGCUGCACCAGGUACUGUCCUGUACUGCUGUACUGCUGCACUGCUGCACACGUGUUCCCGGGCAGCUCGCGCGCGCGCCUGUGGCAAGCCGUGCGCGCCUCCGCCGCCGCGCCCACCUACUUCACGGAGUUCCGCCUGCACGGCCUGCUGCACCAGGUACUGUCCUGUACUGCUGUACUGCUGCACUGCUGCACACGUGUUCCCGGGCAGCUCGCGCGCGCGCCUGUGGCAAGCCGUGCGCGCCUCCGCCGCCGCGCCCACCUACUUCACGGAGUUCCGCCUGCACGGCCUGCUGCACCAGGUACUGUCCUGUACUGCUGUACUGCUGCACUGCUGCACACGUGUUCCCGGGCAGCUCGCGCGCGCGCCUGUGGCAAGCCGUGCGCGCCUCCGCCGCCGCGCCCACCUACUUCACGGAGUUCCGCCUGCACGGCCUGCUGCACCAGGUACUGUCCUGUACUGCUGUACUGCUGCACUGCUGCACACGUGUUCCCGGGCAGCUCGCGCGCGCGCCUGUGGCAAGCCGUGCGCGCCUCCGCCGCCGCGCCCACCUACUUCACGGAGUUCCGCCUGCACGGCCUGCUGCACCAGGUACUGUCCUGUACUGCUGUACUGCUGCACUGCUGCACACGUGUUCCCGGGCAGCUCGCGCGCGCGCCUGUGGCAAGCCGUGCGCGCCUCCGCCGCCGCGCCCACCUACUUCACGGAGUUCCGCCUGCACGGCCUGCUGCACCAGGUACUGUCCUGUACUGCUGUACUGCUGCACUGCUGCACACGUGUUCCCGGGCAGCUCGCGCGCGCGCCUGUGGCAAGCCGUGCGCGCCUCCGCCGCCGCGCCCACCUACUUCACGGAGUUCCGCCUGCACGGCCUGCUGCACCAGGUACUGUCCUGUACUGCUGUACUGCUGCACUGCUGCACACGUGUUCCCGGGCAGCUCGCGCGCGCGCCUGUGGCAAGCCGUGCGCGCCUCCGCCGCCGCGCCCACCUACUUCACGGAGUUCCGCCUGCACGGCCUGCUGCACCAGGUACUGUCCUGUACUGCUGUACUGCUGCACUGCUGCACACGUGUUCCCGGGCAGCUCGCGCGCGCGCCUGUGGCAAGCCGUGCGCGCCUCCGCCGCCGCGCCCACCUACUUCACGGAGUUCCGCCUGCACGGCCUGCUGCACCAGGAUGGUGGCAUCAUGGUCAACAACCCUACUGGAGUGGGUCUGCACGAAGCUAAACUAUUAUUUGGACCAGACACAAUCAAAAACGGCACAGUUAUAUCAGUGGGUACCGGCAGAGCUUUGAACAAGCAUUUAGACUACGAGUUGUUGAGC